AUGUCGACCUUAAACCUUAAGAACGGGACUCAGAGCCACAGAGCUUCAACUUCGGGUGGCGAAGCAGCAGAAGCUUCAGCCCUGGCAGACUUUACACCAGGAGAGCAGAAGAAGAUCAUGAGGCGGGUUGACAUUCGCGUCGUAGCCACUGUCGGACUUUUGUAUUGCUUUUCUGUCAUUGACCGAUCGAAUCUACCCUCCGCAGCCGUUGCUGGUAUGACAGAAAAUUUGGGCCUCAUAGGAAACCGUUAUCCAAUCUCAAUCAUUCUCGCUCGAACCAUUGGUCCAAGAGCCUACUUCACGGGUGUCACAAUGAUUUGCGGGUUUAUCGUCAUUGGCAUGGCCUUCCUCAAACAUUGGGGCCAGAUGGCUGCUCUGAGAGUCAUUCUUGGGGCUCUUGACUCGGGUUUCUUCCCUACUUGUGUUUACCUUCUCAGUACCUGGUACACUCGCUACGAGGUUGGCAAGCGCUACUCAGCCUUUUACAUUGUGGUGUGUCUCGCCACAGCGUUCUCUGGGAUCCUGGCAUUUGGGUUCACCAAAUUGGAAGGAAAGGCGGGACUCAGAGGUUGGUCAUGGAUUUUCCUCAUGGAAGGCAUCAUCACCUGUUGUCUCGGAUUCCUGUGCUAUUUCGUAUUGGUCGGUUUCCCCGACACCAAAAAACGAACCUGGGGGUUUCUGUCUCAGCGAGAAAUUGCAUGGGUUGUAUCUCGUGUUCAAGAUGAUCGCGGGGAUGCAAAGCUCCCCGCUCUCAGUGUCAAAGGAUUUCUGCGAGGCGGGGCUGAUGUCAAGGUCUGGGCAUUUGCAUUGAUUUACUUCAAUCAGGCACUUGUCAACUUUGCUUUGUCAUUCUUUCUCCCCAUUAUCUUGAAGGAGAACAUGGCUUUCAGCACUGGAAAAGCCCAGAUCAUGAUCGCCCCACCUUACGUGCUCGGUGCGAUUCUCAUGUGGAUUUCUGGGUGGCUAGGAGAUCACUUCAUGGUACGAGGUCCUAUCAUCAUAGGGGACAUGCUUGUUGCUAUUGUUGGAACCGCUCUAGUCGGAUUCCACAACGACGUGGCUGUAAGGUACACCGGCGUCUUUCUUCUUACUGCCGGCUCUUUUUCUUCUAUUCCUGUCGUCAUGGCCUAUCAGGCAAACAACAUUCGAGGACAAUGGAAGCGGGCAUUCUCUAGCGGCCUGGUCGUUGCGUUCGGUGGUGUUGGCGGCAUCGCCGGUUCUCUCAUUUUCAGGAGUCAAGAUAAGCCCAAGUAUCUCCCAGGGUUAAGCACCUGCAUGGGAUGUGCUAUCUUGAAUAUCAUUAUUAUUCUCGGCCUCAGCGCUUACUUUUACUACUGGAACGCUAAGGCUGAGCGCGGUGAGGUUGAGCUUGAAGCAUCAGAGGCAAGUACCGUUCAUAUAUCUCAUAUUGACGGCAAUUUGGAUCUAACAUGUCCCUAUUUUCUUCCAGGAAACUGA